UGGGGUCGUCCGCCUUGUGAGACCCGUUGCCGAAGUGCAGGAGACGGCGAGGACAUCGCGAGUGCGCCGACAUGAAGGCGUCGGUUGUGACGCUGUUACUUUGCGCGGCCCUCUUCUGCGCGCAGCUGAAAGAGUCGGAGUGUCUAUUCAAGAAGCAGAAGUGCGGAAAGAUCGUAGCCAGCAAAUUUACGAAUUUCUUCGGUCGCACGCUGUACUGCACCUACCUGUGCCGAUCAUUUCCGCCGAGGAUGGAACGUGAAUCAGACGGGACGCCAUGCUGGAACAUUCGUGGAAAAGGUACCUGUCAAGGCGGCCGCUGCAGAAUAGGCGCAGUUGAUCGUGUCACGACGGUUCGACCCCUGCCUCCACGUCCAAAGUCAUCAGGAUAGUAUCGUCACUGGAUGACGGCUCAACGUCAGCGAGUGAACCACCCUCCUUUGCUGCUGGUUCAAAUGGUGUCGUUAAAAACUAACGCCUAGACAUUUCCUGCUAAUCUUGUAUUUCUGACUACAUGAUGAAAAAACACACAAAAAAACACAGAGAGGCACAGGCACGCAAAACAGACAUUUCCUGCAGUCCGACCACAGCCUGGAGCUUUUUACAGAAGACAAAUACACCUGCUAACAUUCUAAUAUGAAGCGUACAACAGUCGAAGCAAAAGCAAAAAA